AUGAGUGAGCGUUUUUCUUUCUGUUAUUUGUAUUCUUGUUACUUGUGCUUCCUUGUUGCUACCUUGUUUCAAUCAUGCUUAUCGAAUCAAAAUUUUGAUGAUGUAUUAUGCUUGAAGGGUGAGAGGCAGGCACUUCUCCAGUUCAAGGAUGGCCUUGUUGAUGAAACAGAUCGACUUGCUUCUUGGGUUGGUGAGGCAAGCGACUGUUGCAGAUGGGCUGGAAUUGUUUGUGACAAUUUUACUGGUCAUGUUCAUCAGAUUCAUCUUCCUGGAUUUGAUGGUCAUUGUCAGCCUUCAUAUAUCGGAAUCUCCCUCGCUGGAUUUGCAAGAGAAGUAAUUGAAUACAGAGAAUCUUUAAAACAGGUAUUGAGAGGGGAUUUGAGUCCCUCCUUGUUGCAGUUGAAGCAACUAAGGCGUCUCGACUUGAGCUGCAAUGAUUUUGAAGGGAUCCAAGUUCCAAGCUUCAUUGGGUCGCUUGCAAACUUGAACUAUCUUAACCUCUCGAAUUCCAAUUUUGGUGGAAUUAUACCUCAUCAAUUGGGAAAUCUUUCCGAAUUGCAUGUCUUGUCUCUUGGAUUUACUUUUUUUGUGCCUGGUAAAAUUAUAUCAACCAGCAUGAGUAAUAUGAAGUGGUUGUCAAGUCUCUGUAUGUUGCAGCAUCUAGAUAUGAGUGGUGUGGAUCUCAGCGAAGCAACCAAUUGGCUUCAGGUGAUUACGAAACUCCCUUCUUUGGUCGAAUUACAUUUGUCUAAUACUCAACUUCCGAACAUAUAUCCCCACUAUUCUAGUCUUAACAUCACAUCCCUAUCGUUGCUUGAUCUUUCUUCUAACAAUUUUAACAGUUUGUUGCCACAAUGGAUAUUCAGUAUAACAAGUCUAGUUUCCUUGGAUUUAAGUUGGUGUUCUUUCCUAAGCCCUUUACCUAGUAAUAUCAAUAGCUUUCACAACUUGACUUCUCUCAAAUUGCUUCAUGUCUCGGGGAAUGAUUUCAUGACUUCUCCGGUAGUUUUGAAAGAGAUUUCUAGCAUAGGUAGUAAUCUUAUUUCCUUAGAUAUUCAUUCAUGUGGGUUUUCGAGUUCAAGUCUCAGGCCCCUUCAGAACUUGACUUCUCUUCUUAGACUUGGUCUCUCAUAUAAUUAUCUGAAUGAUGCAAUACCUAGAUCAUUAUGCAACCUUUGUAAGUUGAAAGAUAUUGAUUUGUCAGGUAAUGAUUAUUCCAAUAUUACUAUAACAUACCUUCUUGAAAGUUUAUUCAAGUGUGAAUCCCCUAGGUUGGAGUCAUUAUCCAUAUCCAAUUCCAGACUUUCUGCUAGUUUACCCGAUCAGCUUGGCGAAGAUAAUGUUACAUGUACAAUUCCUAAUUCCAUUGGGAGAUUAUCAUUUCUUAGGUCAUUAGAUCUUAACGAGAAUCAAAUUUGCGGCUCUAUUCCAUACUCAAUUGGACAAUUAACAUCAUUGAAAGUGUUGCAUCUUUCAGUUAACAGAAUAAGUGGAAGGCUUCCUGACUCGAUAGGACAUUUAUCAUCAUUGGAGGUGUUGCGUCUUUCAAGUAACAUAUUCAGUGGAAGCCUUCCUGACUCAAUAGGACGAUUAUCAUCAUUGGAAAUGCUAGAUCUUUCAAAUAACCGACUGAAUGGUAGCCUUCCUCACGGAAUUGGUCAACUUUCAAAGUUGGGUUAUUUGGAUUUUUCAAACAAUUCACUGAAUGGUGUUGUUACAGAAGAUCACUUUACCGAACUGGUGGCUUUAAAACAUCUUAGUGGAACAGGAAGCAACAUAACUCUAAGACCACGACUUGCAACCUGGAUUCCACCUUUCCAGUUGAACUAUUUGUAUCUGUCAUCUUGGGUUUUGGGGCCUCAGUUUCCAUUGUGGCUUCAAUUACAGAGGAAUUUACUGGAAUUAGACAUAAGCAAUACACGCAUUUCCUCACCCAUUCCCGCAUCAUUUUGGAGGUUACUCCCCAAAUUAACCUUUCUAGAUAUAUCACAAAAUCAUAUUUCAGGAACAUUUUCAAGUAAUAUCCCAGCAACACUUCAGAUACUUGAUUUAAGUUUUAACGAGUUUAGGGGAAAAUUACCCUCUCUCUCAAAUGGCUCUGAGCUCUACUUUCUUGAUCUAUCAAAUAAUUUCUUUACGGGAUCAUUACAUCAUCUCUUGUGUUCAGAAAUUUCUGAUAGUCUGAAAUUGACUACUGCUCUUAAUUUAGGAAAUAAUAGUUUGUCAGGUGUCAUUCCCGAGUGCUGGGAAAAUUGGCAAAAUUUGAUAUUCUUAAACAUGGAGAACAACAACCUGUCUGGCUGGAUUCCAGCAACUUUGGGAUUGUUGUCUCAACUAAUGUUAUUGAACUUGCGUGGGAACAUGCUCUCGGGGAGAUUACCUGCUUCUUUGAUGAAUUUGACAAACUUGGAGAUCCUUCAGCUAGGUCGAAAUGAACUCGUUGGAAGCAUUCCAGCGUGGUUUGGAAGUUACGCCUCUUUCUUGAAAAUUCUCAAUCUCAGAUCCAACAAUUUUCAUGGAGAUAUUCCGCACGAGCUUUGUUACCUUCAGCGUAUUCAGAUCUUGGAACUUGCAGAUAACAAUCUUUCAGGAAAUAUUCCCGGAUGCUUCAACAACUUUAGCGUCCUUUCUGGAAAAGAAGUUAGUUUAAGUGGUUCAUUUGUCUUCUUUACAUAUAACGGCAUAACAACUACCGCUAGUGAUUAUUUGGUUAUAAAAGGACAGGAGUAUGCAUAUAGCACGAUUCUUGAUCAGAUGAUGAUGUUGGACCUUUCAAGUAACUAUAUCACUGGACACAUCCCAAGUGAGUUAAUGACACUCCAAGAGUUAAAUUCAUUGAAUCUAUCAAGAAAUCAAUUGACAGGAAGGAUCCCAGAAAAGAUUGGAGACAUGAAAUCAAUUGAAUCUUUUGAUGUAUCACUGAACAAGCUUUCUGGGGAACUUCCUAUGAGCUUGUCAAGCUUGACUUUUUUGAGCAGCUUCAACGUAUCUUACAACAAUCUCUCAGGAAGAAUUCCAUCAAGUACUCAGUUUCAGACUUUCCAAGGGUCCAGCUUCUUUGGCAACAAACUUUGUGGAGUUCCUCUUACUAACCGUUGUGCGGUUGAAGUACCCGCAGUUGAAGUACCCGAUAUCCAAGACCAUAAAGAAGACAAUGGAUCACAAGGCAUGGACUGGGGGUUGAUUAUUAGCAUUUUGAUUGGCAUCCUUGCUGGUUUUUGGAUCGUGGUGGCUCCUUUGAUAGUUAGUAGGUCAUGGAAGAUUGCCUAUUUUCAUUUCUGGAGUAAACUUGGGUCUAUAGUUUGUGAAGUUAUACACAAGUAUUGUAAGCUACAGCAUGUUAUGUAG